AUGGAUAGCCAGUCCACGACCACGGAAAUCAAGCAUCAUUACCCUCCUACCACACCGUGGUCCUCCUCCUCUCGGGUGUCUUCUGCAUCGUCCACACCGGGUCACAAAUCGCUCCCCGACAAACCGGCCAGCUACCAGCCGCAAUCGCACCUCGACUUGCUUCCCAUCCUGUUCCCCCAACACUACCAGGCUCAGCUUCUGAACUACAACCGGCUCAUCUCUCCCGGCAGAGGUGGCGGCGGCGGGCUCACCACUCCUCCGCUCCCCCCCGUCGUGUCCGCCCCGCACAUCCAAGCCGCCCCGAGAGCUCGGUCAGUCUCCAAAGCGUCGAACAAGGAUUCGCAGAACGGAAAGCCCUCCGGCGCGUCGUCAAACUGCCAUGGGAGUAGGGUCAACAAGAACGCCGACAAAUCCGAUCGCGCGGUAACCAUGGCCAAGGACAAGACGUCCAAGGUGCCGCCCAAGCAGGGCGACACGGCCCAAUCUCUUUCCGCCCGUCCGCUUGCCCAUCGCGCCUCCCAGAACGCCCCUACUCAGACGAGUUCGGUGCCCUCGACCCCCCACCAACAUGCGCGAAAUCAUUCCAUCUUCCCCGAGUCCCACGAGACUUCGCCCACCGCCACCCAAAACCACUCGCCGCGGUCUGCUUAUUCGGAGACCAACUCGACCCUGCCCUCCCUCCGUCCCCUCCCGCCGCGUCUUGGCGGGUGCAAGUUCGAGACGGCGCUCGUUCGCGGAAGGAGGCGGAUGCCCUACAGCUUGGGCACCGACAGGCUGGAGAAGAGCGACCUGGGCAAGAUCAAGAGCAAACUGUCCGAGGACGAGGAGCGAAAACUCACUACCGACAUGCGCGAGCUGUACGACAGGUUAAAGCCGACCGAGGAGAGUAGGCAGAACCGAAACCAGUUUGUAUCAAAGCUCGAGAAGAUAUUCAACGAGGAAUGGCCCGGCCAUAACAUCGGCGUGCACCUCUUUGGGUCCUCGGGGAACAAACUCUAUUCUGACGAUUCCGAUGUCGAUAUCUGCAUUACGACAGAUUGGAAAGAUCUCGAGAACGUCUGUAUGAUUGCCGAACUGCUGGCAAAACGUGGCAUGGAGAAGGUCGUCUGCGUCUCGUCUGCGAAAGUGCCCAUCGUCAAGAUCUGGGACCCAGAGCUCAAGCUGGCUUGUGACAUGAAUGUCAACAACACUUUGGCUCUGGAAAAUACCCGCAUGGUUUUGACCACUGGACAAGGAGGAGAAUCAUCAAUGAUGCAGGCACGUCCAUUGAUUGAAACUGAACCCCUUGAAGCAUCCGUGAUGCUAACACCCCAUUCAGCAUUUGGAGGAACGCUCAGCUCGUACACCUGGAUAUGUAUGAUCAUCUGCUUCCUUCAACUUCGAAAGCCUCCCGUCCUCCCAGCGCUUCAUCAGCGACCGCACCAGAAACGGCCGGCCGCCAAUGGGCGGCAGUCCGAGUUCGCCGAUGAUCUCAACAAGCUUCGCGGCUUCGGCAAAGAGAACAAGGAGACGCUUGGCGAGCUCUUGUUCCACUUCUUCAAGUUCUACGCUCACGAGUUCGACUACGAUAAACUCGCUUUGUCGGUGCGGCUUGGUAAGACCAUCACCAAGACGGAGAAGGAAUGGCAUAGGUCUAUCAACAAUAUGCUCUGCGUCGAGGAGCCGUUCAACACCGUGCGGAACCUGGGGAACACGGCCGACGACACCUCUUUCAGAGGACUCCACAUGGAGUUGCGGAGAGCCUAUGAGUUGAUAUCCGAAGCGAAGUUCGACGAGUGCUGCGAGCAGUACGUCUUCCCCAAGGAGGAGGAGCGCAUCUGGCAGAAGCCGGCCUCGGCGCCUCGCCCCAUCCUCCUGCGCAGCUCUUCACAGCAGCAACAGACGGGCCGCAGCGGCCGGGGUAACUACCGGGGCGGCCGACAGUUUCACCGGAAUGGUAACAACAACCGUCGGGCUUCGUCGAGCGUAGCAUACGAGAACAACCCAGUGUAUACGCAGACCAGUCUUCCCAUCAUGACGCCUCAAGAUCUGCAGUGGUACCAGGGCCAGGCGCCGAACGGCCACUAUCCCCUCCACGGGGACAUCAUCAACUCUGCACUGAGUGCCCUGCAGAUCCAGGAGCAGACCUUGCGGUUCCAACUCUACACGCAGUAUACGCACUCGCAGGCGUACGCGCAGCAACAGGCGUUGCAGCAUGCGCAACGGAUGCAGGGCGGCGCCUCGUCACAGUCCGGCGACCGGUCUCGGACAAACUCGUUUGACAACCCGCCGCUGACUGCACCAAUCCGCCCAGAGUUGUACAUGUACCCAAUGGCUGUCCAACAGGCUCCGUACUUCACCCACGCCGGCCAGGGAACUUCGUUCACCACAUACCCGUCAUCCCCUUCGACAACAAACGGUGCGCCGGAGUUCAGGAGAAGUCUGCACCGGUCUAGCGUAGCAACGGAUGCUAGUGCCCCUUCCAGUACUGGCACACUGAGAUCUCAGUCGCAGCCCGCGUCUAGGAGUUCCAUGCCUAGCAUACCCAUGAUUCCAGGAUAUCCUGGCAUCACUGGCCCCAACGGCAUGCCCGUAUAUCCCACGAGGCACGCUAGUGGAGGAGGGCCGCUUCCGAGCUUCAUCCCGGACGAGAGCGGCGACUCGGAAACAGAAGCAGGACAGACUGGGGCCAUUACCGAGUCUCCCACAGAGGAAGAGAGUACACGUUAUGUCGGCUACUAUGUGACCGAGACCACGCCCACACAGCAGACGAUGCCAAUUCCCAACGCGAUCCCUCCCUUUGCCGACGUCGGUCAAGGGCGCCGCCGGCUCUCUACCGACCAGCUCCCGCAGACAAUUCUGGAUCGGCGGAUGAGGAGGGCAUCGCGCAGCCCCUCGCCGCUUGGGCAUAGCCGGGCCUUCUCGAUGGGUACCAACUCGGCCCCUCUUUCUUCGGCUCCUUUCGCGCCCGUGGGCAACACAUUGCUGAAGGAGCCCCAGAAGCCUAUCGUUGUUAAUGGCACGCUAGGCGGGUCGGCUCGGCAACCCUCUGUCAGUGGAAGCGUGGCUUCCGAGGACAUCGGCCCCUACGAUAACCCUCUUCACAUCAGUCAAAGCCCGAGCGUGAACGGGAGUUCAUUCGAGCAAGCUGGCUCCUUUCCGGCUUCUGGCAGCGACCAUAGCCCCCCGUACCCUGACCGCCCUCUGGUAGUCAAUGGGUCAAGCUCUGCGUCGGCGACUCCUCAAACUCCGCAAGAUUAUCAGUCUUUCAACCAGCGCAUGGCAUAUAUGGGUUUCACUCCAUCACCGUACGGUGUCAUGCCAGGCCCUGCUCUGAAUGGAAUGACCCAGGUUUCGCCCAUGAGCCGCCAGCGAGCCGUGUCUCGCCAACAGCAGAACGGCAUAGCUCCCCUGGAUCUUGCUGUUGCUGACCACUUCUCUCCAGAGAUGCAGCAUCUGUCCCCUGUGUACGAGACGCGCACUCCAUCGCCAACAGUGACUAGGAGAUUCGAUGGCCAGGCGACAAAUGGCACCCCGACUCCUGUCCCCGCCGGUGGACAUCAAGAUGGACAGCUGCAUAAGGACACACCCAAGUCUCAGCAGAAGACCUCUCCCACUGAGAUGCAUGCUAAGAAUGAGCACCAGUCACACCAUGGUCAUCAGAAGCAUCACCCACGAGUUAAUGGCAUUGCAAGCCGCGAGAAUGGGCAUGUCCGGGCUGCUAAGAGCGAGAGUGAUCACGCGAGCGGGUGGCAGAAGCCCAAGUCCCGCAGGAAGGGCGGAGACGCGAAGAAUGCUGCAAGCAACCAGUCACAUGGGGAAACACCACCAAAGAACGAUGCCGAGCGCAAGGGUGGUUGA